CGCGUGGGGACGCGCCGCCGGACCCUCGUGGCCGUGGGGACGGGGGUACUUGAGCCCGCCCCCGGGGUUGGGCCGGGCCGCGGCGUUCGGUUCGCUUCGCGGACACCUUGGUGCCUCCCUUCUGGGUCACAUCUAUUGACAUUUGUCCCGGGGCAGGUCCCGGCCCAGAACUUGGAACGUGUGCGGUCGUCUGCAGGCCAACUUCACAUUUAGUCGGCAUGUGGAAUUCGGGGUUCCCAGCCCCACUUUUUGGAACUCAGGGCCAGGUUCCCACCUGGGGGGCAUAUGGGGGCAGACCUUAGGCUUCCGGUAGAUAAUAAUGUUGGAUUCAGUUCCACGAAUGUUUUCUUGAAACGUCUGCCCUGGAAAAGACGACCUGCCACUUUACUGUGGAUGAGGAUGGAGAACGUAGUAAUCACAGUUAGAUGUGAAUGAGACACAAAAUGUUGCCUAAAUACGUUCUUCAUGGACUGCGGUCCUUGGCUGCACACAUGUCUGUCAUCAAACAAAAGUAAACUGCCCUCUCCUUUAAGAUGAAACGGCCGAGGUGUUCCCAGUCGCAGUAGGUGUGCAGUGAUCUUGACUUUUAUUUUUUUUUCCUUUUUCUGGUUAACGCAACAAAUAUCACAACAUGAAAUCUACUUAGCUUACUUGAAUGAAUGAAUGUUCAGUGGAAUAUGUAGUGCUGUGGGGAAUGUUUUAUUUAAAAACAUGAAUGGCGCUGUUUAUCGAGUUUCACAGAGAAAACCUGGAAACAGCCUGUGAUCUGCUUCCGGUGCUGUCUUAUUUCUCAGUAUUUCUGCAUCAGGUAGCAUGGAUAUGGUUAAGUUUCAGAGGCCACGCCUGCUCCAAGCAGAAUAUGUGACCAACCCUUUGGUUCUGACAGUGUCUCUCAUGGUUUCUUGUUGCCUUUGGCGAAGCUGUCAGACUGGCCUUGGACUUAACUGGGAUUCUUAGAAGAGCUCAGCUCACCUGUGACCUGGCAAGUACUUUCUACUGGUCUGGGUAGGAUCCCCCACCUUAUUCACCGGAACCUUGACCUUUUUGGGGCCUCCCUUCAGCAUCUCUUUUGAAGCACUUUUUCCCCUUAUGAUCUUUAAAUACCUCCUGAAUUGGUGGGAAGUACCUGGCACUGCCCCUUUCCCUUCUCUUAGUGGGAAGGUGGGCAAGCCUUAGACAUGGCCUCCCCAGGACCCAGGGGCACACACUUGGGUGUCACCUGACACCCUCCCCUGUAGCACCUUGCAGGGGAGUGACCAAGCAGAGGUUGGGGUGCCAUUGACCUGGGCUACAGCCAACCUGGGCUGGGCAGUGCCCUGGGAGGAAAACUCAGCUGUGCUGACUGGAUUCCUAAUCAUCUCAGGUUCCUUUUAAUGGCCCUCUUUUUAGGGAACAGAAGCAAGCAUCUUCUUAAAGCCUGUCUUGUUAGGUAACCGUCACUCUUUAGAGAAAAUUCUGGUAAUUUUCUCCCUUGUGAUCAGUUUUCAAGAAGCUGAUUUUUUUUUACUAGUAUUUUCUUUUAUUUGGCUCAUGGAAGUAAUCGUGUGAUCUUAUUUCAGAGUUAUUACGUAGCUUCACUGGUGGCUCAGGUGGUAAAGACUCUGCCUGCAAUGUGGGAGAUCCGGGUUUGAUCCCUGGGUCGGGAAGAUCCCCUGUAUAAGAAAAUGGCAACCCACUCCAGUGUUCUUGGCUGGGAAGUCCCAUGGACAGAGGAGUCUGGUGGGCUACAGUCCAUGGGAUCGCAAAGAGUUGGGCACAACCGAGCGACAAAUGCAGUACUCCAAAAAAAAGGAAACUGUCAGGAUCAUUUCUGAGUUUGUGUCAAUUACUGUUAUUAUUCACUCAUAAAUAUGCAGUCAUGCAAAAUGGGUCAUGCACACACACAAGAUACACACAAAUAUGUUGAAGUAUGAGGUCAGGUAUUCACCAAAUAUGUUGACGUGUGAGGCCUCCCUGGUGGCUCAGAUGGUAAAGAAUCUGCCCACAAUGCAGGAGACCUAGGUUCAAUCCCUGAGUUGGGGAGAUUCCCUGGAAAAGGGAAUGUCUACCCACUCCAGUAUUCUUGCCUGCAGAAUCCCAUGAACAGAGGAGACUGGCAGGCUGUAAUCCAUGGGGUUGCAAAGAGUUGGACAUGGCUGAGCAACUAACACACACACAUGGGGUCAGAUUCCCCAUGUUAGUUAUAAUCUGGUGUAACUAAUGGAUGUGUAUGCAUCUAUUUUAAUACUUAAAAAGGGCAGGUAGGUAAAUGACCUAGAGGUAAAAAGAUCGCCUUUUGCUGUUUUCUGCUUGUCGCAUCUUUUAUGGGAAACGAAGAUUGUCUAUUUUAGUUCUCCGCCCUCAUUCCUAACCUCUUCCACUUCUGGACAUGGCACAUCUGUGGUGUCCGGUUACUUUCAUAAAAUUGUGAAAGUCAUUUUGUAAGGGAGACAUUUAUAAUAUUAGUUGUCAUGAUAAGGGGAAACUUUCUUGUAUGACUAGCUUGAUUUAAAGAGUUAUCCAGGUAGUAAAAGAGAAACAACACUGGGACGUGUUCUAAAGUGUACUGAGAGUGAAAUUGUCAUUAGUGUUUUUAUGGUUAAUUUAUUAUGCUGCAUAACAUGUUGCUUUAUGUGUUAAGUAGGGAAGACUUUUAGACUAAGGGCACAUUUCACGUUAAACCGGAGUCAGGGUCGUCUUUGAUGAUUCAUACAGACUUUACAUAUACUUUGUGACAUUUGUCUUGGGUGACUGUCGGCCUUGUUGAUGUUUGAAGAAUAGACGUAGAAUAGUUGGAGAUAAGUCUCUGAGGAUUUCCACUCUCCCUUUGUACAUGGAGGAUGUUUUGGAGGUGUUAAGUCUUUAGUAGGGCUUGUAGGUUGCUAGCUUGUGACCUUGAAUACACUGUAUAUCCCCUCGGAGUUUUAUUCCUCAUUUGGGGCUAAGAUGGGGGUAAUAAUCCAUCUGACAGAGUUACUGUGAGUUCGCAGAUGUUUUGUGUAAAGUGACAUCCAAGCUGUUUACCAUUGUUACAAAUGUGACUUCUGCCCGACUCCUCAGUUGGUCUUGAAGAAUCUUCCCUCUGCCUCAGCACGGUCAUGGUCCAGCCCUUCUCUUCCUCGGCAUUCCAGGCUGCGUCUCAGUCCUCACCUUGAACAGGGCUGCUCUUCAGUGGCUCCUCCUGGGGUUGGUUCUUCCUCGGAUCGUAAUGCCAGGGUCACCGUCUCAGGGAAGCCUUCCCUGGCUCCGCUUCCUCAUAGCUCCUUCAGGAACCCCAUUUAUCAGUUCGUGUGUUUCUGAUCUAAGGUUCAUCACUGAAUUCCUUGGGGAGUGCCGGGGCUGUGGUCUUUCUCCUCUGCCCUCCUCACACUCAUCAUACUUCCUGUCCACUGAGUGGGGCCGUGGGGUGCAGAAAGUUCCUGUGGUUUCUACGUGGUUGUCCACACAGUAAAGGCAGAGGUGUGCUGCCUGGGUCUUGGACGUCUGUUGGUUUUUGUGUUUCUCUUCUUUACCCCUGGCUAUGCUGAUCUGCUCAGCUGGAUAAAUCAUAGCACUAAUAAGGCCUGAGUUCUUGAAACUCCAUGGCCUACAUAGCUGCACGUAGGGAGAGUCACCUCUACCUGUCGGGCUGAGGUGUUUGUCUGAAUUCACUCACACACCUGGCUGGCUGAUCCAUCUCAUCUGGAAUCACAGAUCCGCCCCAGGACACGUUUCCCUUGAAGUCGCCUUACAGAACUUGGUGGGAUGAGACUUCAGUUGUCUGGAACCUCUGGCACCCUCAGGAUGCAGCAAGAAGGAAAAACUCAUUUGGAAUUAGACCAGCCAGAGACCUAGGACAUCACACUUGGAGACUAUGUUUGGGGAGCGGUGGCUAUUCCAUUGUCCCGGGGAGCCGACUCUUGCGUAGUAGAGAGCAAGGAACGCAGAAGACGAGACCAAAUCUCUGCAGGCCUGGAAGCCGAAGCUGUCCGAGCGUCAGAAAACCCCUGCCGGCGUCACCAUGCCAUCCUGAAGUCUGCCACCAGACAGUGACUCUAGAGGGGAAUGAAGCUGGAAAAACGCAUGGAUGCAGCCUCGCCUGCAGCCUGCCCAGAUGUUCGCGGAUAAUCUCCCCGAGAGAAAUUGAGCCCCUCGGAUCAGGUAGCUCGUCAGAAUGAAGAAGAUCAGCCUUAAGACCUUCCGGAAAUCUUUCAAUUUGAGUAAGAGCAAAGAAGACGCGGAAUUCAUGGUCGUACAACAGCCAGCACUAGCCGGCGACUUUGGCAAAGAGGAGUCCUUGUUCGGGAGCUGCUACGGGAAGGAGAUGGCCGGCUGCGAGCUGCACGGCGAGGACGAAAAAGGCGGCGGCAAGAACCGGGCCAAGAGCGAGAGCCUCAUGGGCACGCUGAAGAGGCGGCUGAGCGCCAAGCAGAAGGCCAAGGGCAAGGGUGGCGCGGCGGCGGGGGGCGCGGCGGAUGAGGACACCUUCUCGUCGUCGUCGGCGCCGCUGGUGUUCAAGGACGCGCGGGCGCCGCGGCCCAUGCGCUCCACGUCGCUGCGCAGCCACCACUACAGCCCCACGCCCUGGCCGCUGCGGCCCACCGCCUCGGAGGAGACGUGCAUCCGGAUGGAGGUGCGGGUCAAGGCGCUGGUGCACUCGCCCGGCACGGGCCCGGCUCUCAACGGCGUGCGCAAGGACUUCGGCGAGCUCCGCCCAGCGGCCGAGCCCGCCUGCCCGUGCCCGGAGCCACCCGCCGCGCCCGGGAGCCCGGCGCCCGCGGCCGGGGACCUGCGCCUGCGUCUGGGCGAGCACGUGCCUGUGGUCCUGGGCCUGCUGCCUCAGGACUACCUCCCGUACACCGUGCCUUUGGACGGCUCCUCCCCGAUGGAGGUCUCGGCCGUCCCGCCGCCCCCGUCCGCAGGGGGCCCCUGCCCCGCCCGCCGCGACGAGGACGCCGGGCGCCCAGCGCCCGAGCUCUUCGGCGACCCGCCGGUGGGCGGCCUGCUGGCGGGCCCCGCGGCGGGGGUGCUGCCGAGCCCUCGGGCAGGCCCCGACGACGGGCCCCCCCUCUCCCCGCUGCUACCUCCGCUGCAGACCGACCCGAGCCAAAGGACCUUCGCCGGGCUGGCCGGCCCGGAUGCCCACGCGGCCGACAGCGUGCGCUGCCACUUGAAUUUUGACCCCACCUCGGCUCCCGGGGUGGCCAGGGUGUACGACUCGGUGCAGAGCAGCGGCCCCCUGGCGGUGACCAGCCUGACGGAGGAGCUCAAGAAGCUGGCCAAGCAGGGCUGGUACUGGGGGCCCAUCACGCGCUGGGAGGCGGAGGGCAAGCUGGCCAACGUGCCCGACGGCUCCUUCCUGGUGCGGGACAGCUCGGACGACCGCUACCUGCUCAGCCUGAGCUUCCGCUCGCACGGCAAGACCCUGCACACCCGGAUCGAGCACUCGAACGGCCGGUUCAGCUUCUACGAGCAGCCGGACGUAGAGGGGCACACGUCCAUUGUGGACCUCAUCGAGCACUCCAUCAGGGACUCAGAGAACGGCGCCUUCUGCUACUCGCGCUCGCGCCUGCCGGGCUCCGCCACCUACCCGGUGCGGCUCACCAACCCAGUGUCGCGCUUCAUGCAGGUGCGCUCGCUGCAGUACCUGUGCCGCUUCGUCAUCCGCCAGUACACCCGGAUAGACCUGAUCCAGAAGCUGCCCCUGCCCAACAAAAUGAAGGAUUACCUACAGGAGAAGCACUACUGACAGGACCGCAGCCCGGCAUCGUGCACUUUGGGAGUGAGAGAGAGAGAGACUGAGAUACAGUUUACAGACUCUUCAUCGCCAUCAGAAUCUUUUGCUGCCAUAUUCUUUAUUUCAGUUUUAUGUGUAAAAGAGUGUCCAGUCCGUUUAGGGGUGGGGAACCGUCCGCGAGGUGUCGGGUUCAUUUUCAUUCUUUACAAAAGGGAAGUCUGGAGGUUUGAGGAGGUGUGAAGUCUCUUCCAUCAGCGUGCAGAAUAAUCACAAUGUGAAUGAUCAGAUUCUCCUUACCCACCCACCCCCAGUCCUUUGCUGCUAUCCACUGUGAUUUUAUGCAUUAAAAGCACAUUUCAUGUGUAUCCAAUCCUGAGUAAAGUUGAAUGAAACUUGCAGAAUGAACCUGUUAUGUCUCUUUCAAUGGCCCAUCUUCAAAGAUAGUGUUGAGUCAGCAUAGCUGUGUGAUUAAUCACAAGAGUUUACACCUACACUGAAAAUGAUUUUUAAUUUCAUGCUCUACAAAGAUUUAUUUAGAAUUGUGAACUGACAUAACCUUGGGUAAUGGAAGGCAGGUCUGCGACAUAUCUUUCUGCCACAUUUGUUUCUAAAUUAUGUUUGAGGUUGUGCUGUCUUUUGGUUCUGAGAAGCUGGAUUUUUCUGUUGCCUUCAUUUUCAUCUUGUGGUUUGUCUGUUUUUAAUAAAUGGCCUUACAUUAAAAAGUUGUAAAGAAAUGUAUACCACCAAUUUAAAAAUUGUUGCCUUUUCUGUCAUUAAACUCUGGUACAAAUUGGCAUAACGUAUAAAGACCUAUGGAACUAGAACUAUUAAAGAAAUUAUUAGAUGACCUUAGUUUCCUGUGAUAAGCAAUUUUUUGUUAUCUAUACUUUCCUCUGGUAAAAUGUUUUAUCUGUGAUUUCUUUAGCUUAGACAACAUUUUCUUGGGUGAACUUGAUGUAGAAAUGCUUUUCAUAAAUGGACUAGAUCCUCUUGCAACAUUAAAGUCUAUAUAGAGUUUUAAAUUGAUCUGAAGAGAAAGAAAAUGUUUUAAAGUUGGGUUUAUAUUUUUCUUUUAUGUAUUCACCAUUAAAAUGUGCUAGAUUUAACACUUCCUUCCCCCACCAAAAAAAAACAAAAGCAACAAAACCAAAAAAUCCCAGUGACUUUAGUUUAAAAAUUGUGGAAAUUGUGGCGUACCGUGUAACAAAAGUGUUAAUACCGAAUCAGGUGUGUGCAUUUACCUACCAUAUAUACUGCCAUUUAUCUAUAGGGUUUCUAUUUUUAAUUUAGCUAAGUCUUAAGUAAAUUAGCAUCAUUAGUUUUUUCAUUUCUUUUGAUUCAGUCCUUUGCGGGGUGGGGGUAGUAUGUUAUAUCCAAUACUUUUUAGUUAUUUUGAAAUGCAGUGCUUAUUCACUGCAGAUUCUUUAGUGUUUUGAAAUUGUUCCAUCCAGAAGAUGUUUCUAGCUACAUAACUUUAAAGGAAAUGUUUUCCCUUCCAAUGAAACAUGUAAUUUAAGACAUUUCUUCCUUUUCCUAUCUCUUAUCCUCAUUAAAAAAAACAAACAGAGUAAAGGUCUUAGGUCAAAUUUAAUAGCUUUGUCAUCCAGACAUAUCAGUAUCCCCAUUUUUUUUUCUGUUUUUUUUUUUUUUUUAAGAGUCAGCUGAGAAUUACCAAGAAAAGGCCCAGUGUAUUAAUACCUGUGUUAUGGUAUUUGACUUAAAGGGGAAAAGGUACUUAAUUUUGGUGGAAUGUUUGAUUGUACCUUGUUGCAAAGACUCUUUCAUUUUCUGAUAUGUUUUCACCUAAUAAGAUUGAAUAUGGAGUAUACUGUAAUAAUAUAAUUUAAGUGUUCAUUAUAAGCUAUUUGGAUUAAGAACUAUUACAGAGUUGUAAACUUGUUAUCAAAUUAAUGCAAGACAUUUAAACUAUUUUUUUGCAAAACUAUUUAUUUUUAAACAAUUUAAAAUAUAUCUAGGGUGAGUUAAAAGUCCCUGUGCAUCUAUAUUAGAUGGCAGGUAUUGUCACAGAGUCACUGUGUAUUAAUAAUAAGUGUUGAGAUGGCUUCUCCAUGUUUCUAGAAGCAUUGACAUGUACUCUUUGUGAGACCGUGGUGCACAGAGGUCUUUGGACUGCCCUGAACCCUGUCUUAUGUGGGCAUAGCCUGUUCCCCACACCUUCUUCAUGAUAACCAUGUGUUUAAGAUUGAGCCAUUUGGUUUCAAGUUAAGAUCAUCCUGAUUUCCAUAUAAAUGUCUUGAAAAUUGUAUUUUGUGUUUUUAUGGAGGGCAAGUCUUGAUACUGUUCUAAUUCAGAAAGCCAAUUCGUAGUGUGCUUCUGUAUGUUCAUAAUAUAAAAUUCCUUUAAGUAAAAUGCCCUAUUCUAAUCCAAUUUCAGAUUUCUAGAGUCUGAUAGUGUAUCAAUAAAAAUAAAAGUGUUUGCAAAGAAAUCAUUUACAAACAGGAAUAUCGCAAAGUUUUUUGCUUUUGUUUAGGGAACCAUUUGGCUGAGGCAGCACAACAUAAUGUGAGCAAUUGGCUUUAUAGGCUAGUAAAACAGUCUGGUUAAAAGUGGAAAGGAGAAAAAGAGAAGUCUUGAUCCUGUAGUUUUUGUGCAGGUAGCAUUUGGGUGAAUUUCUGAAUUCCGCUGAAUGGUGGCUUAGAUGACAUGGGUGCUGCUUGUAAGUGAUUUCUUAAAUGUUUGCUUCUGAAAAUCUGAGCUCAAGGCAAGAGAAAGACCACAGGAAAGCUGUAUCCUUCUGCCGUACGAAAUGAAUCAGAGUUGCUUUUUAUCAAAUAUCUCAUCCCAGAAACAUGAUGGAAGCCAGAAGAUAUUUCCAGGCUUCCUAGAACACUAUUGUGCUUUUUAAAAUUUUUUUUUACAAAUAAUAAGAAAGCAUAGAAAGUACUUGAAAAAGUCUCCUUUCUCUAAGGAAAACUGUGCCCCAUUUUGGUGCAAUAAUCUGAAAAUUUUAGAAGGUCAAAAAAUGUCACAGGAAACAAUCACAGAAUUUAAAAUAGUUUUUAAGGAAACCGGCUACACAGGGCAACCAUCUUGCUGUUAAAAGAAAUCGUGCCAAAAGGCUAAACCAUUGGAAUAUAGGAAAUAAAACCCAAGUACAAUAUACAGGAUAAUUUCUGAGCCAGUAUUACUAAAACAGGAUAAAAGUUACUGAAAUCUUCAGUAGGUUAUAUUCAGUGUCCCUGCUAGUGCUACCAGUCCGAAUCUCUUUCUUAACAAUGCUUUCAGAAAUGCCAAUUUUGAUCAUUGUACAGUUCACAUUGUAUAUGAGAGAGAUUUGCUUUAUGAAUGAUUCAAAAUAAUCCGUUUUAAAUCUUCAUGGCUUUUCAUCCAAUGUGAAGUCUUAAUUUGAAAUCACACUACCAGCAAUAGACAGUUUCGUUGAAAACUCUAAUAAGGAACACUUGCCAGUUCCAUAAGUAACUUUAAAAUUCUAAAACAAAGUAUUGGUACGCUAGUAAUCACAAAUUCGGUUUAAUACUUUUUUAAUCCUGUAAAGAUUUUUUAUAAACAUCCUUUUUAUUAAUCAGUCAUAACAUGGCGAAUGUGUAGUUGCUGUUUCUGAAAAGUGAUCCAAGCUCUACUUCCAGAGAUGAUGAAAAAUUCUUAUAGAAUUUUGUAAUAAGUAUACAUGUUGGGUUAAAGAAAUUUUUUAGUCGUCAGAGUGCCAUGGAAUUAAUACUUGCAAUCCAGAUUGCUGUAGUUUACACUUUUUCUGUAUGUUUCGAAUCAGGUGUGUACCAUUUGUACUGAGAACACCACAGAAUGAAUUAUCCAAAGUCCAUUGAUUUUAAUACGUGUUUUGGUUUGUAAACAAACUAUAGUAAUUUCUUGCACAUUUUUGGAGAUUAAUCGUAUAAAGAAUUUAUGUAUCUGCUUCUAGAUACAACAUGUAAAUAAAAAUUUCGUUCACAAGA